UCAAAAAUGUAAAUAAACAUUGUCCGAUUCAGGAUUAUAAUAUUUCGUUCUCAAAUUAUAAACAUUGGCUGUGCAUUACGGUGUUUAUAUUAGUUAAGAUAUAAUCAAUAGAUUCAAAAAGUUGUCUUUAGAAAAUUGUAAUGAAAUCUCCACAUGUUAUCGUCUCUCUGGCAUUUUCCUUCGCCGUGAUCGUGCCAACAAGCUUCGAAGCAGAGGUUGAUUGUUCCGAUUUGCGGAUGGGACAGUAUUUAUGCCCAGAUCCUAGUACCCGGCACAUAGACCCGAAAACUCAACAGCUGAAAGGGUGCACCAAGGAGAACAAAGCACGCGUAUGGUGCAUCGCAGUGGAAGGCAUUGUGUGCAGUGAGACCAAAAAUUCCAGCUUCACCCGGGAGAUGCCUUGCAAGUGGACGAAUGGUUACCACUUUGAUACGGCUUUGCUUCUUUCCGUGUUCCUUGGUAUGUUCGGUGCUGACCGGUUUUACCUAGGUUAUCCGGCUAUUGGCCUGCUCAAGUUCUGCACUCUAGGUUUCAUGUUUCUUGGUCAGCUAGUAGAUGUUAUACUAAUAGCAACGCAGAUGGUCGGACCAGCGGAUGGUUCGGCUUACGUAAUUCCGUACUACGGACCAGGAAUUACAGUAGUGCGGAGUGAUAAUUGGACCUAUCGGUUGCCACAGGACAAUUGGUGAUUCCUAGUCUGCAGUUACAACAGAAGUAGAAUAAAGAAUCUGUUUGUCAGAGUGA